UGGCGGGAAUUAACCUGUUUUCCUUGAAAUAUCGCGCCGUGGUGUACAGUAAAGACUUAUGUAAAUAAGUAAAUAUGAAGCCAGACUUAACGCAAUAGAAAGAAGUAAGUUAUAUUAACAUGGCAGUUGUGGUUGAAACUACAAUUGGGGAUUUCACUGUUGAUCUGUUUACCGAAGAUCGGCCACAAACAUGUCGGAAUUUCCUAAAAUUAUGCAAAAUAAAGUACUACAACUGGAAUUUGUUUCAUUCUGUUCAGAGCAAUUUUAUUGCUCAGACUGGAGAUCCCACUGGUACUGGGAAAGGAGGAGAAAGCAUUUAUGGAAUAGUAUUAGGUGAAAAGGCACGAUAUUACGAGGCAGAACAAAUGCCAAAGAUAAAACACGAUAGAACUGGUUUGUUGUCUAUGGUUAAUUGUGGUAAUAACAUGUUGGGGUCACAAUUUUUUAUUACGCUUGCACCUGAGUUGCAAUCCCUCGAUGGGGAACACUGUGUAUUUGGUGAAAUCACAGAGGGUUUAGAAAUUAUUUUGAAGUUCAAUGAAACCAUCUGCGAUGGAGAUCACAGACCUUAUCAGGAUAUACGGAUUUCUCACACUGUAAUUUUGGAAGAUCCGUUUGAAGAUCCAAAGGAUUUUAUAGUACCUGAUCAAAGUCCACCUCCUACAAAAGAGGUUCUAAUGAGUGAUAGAAUCGGAGCAGAUGAAGUAAUAGAUGAUACAGCAGGCAUGACAAUCGAAGAGAUCACAGAAAUGCAGAAGGAGAAAGAAGCAAAAGCAAGGGCUACCAUAUUAGAAAUCGUGGGUGAUAUUCCUGAUGCAGAUAUGGCUCCUCCUGAGAACGUACUCUUUGUCUGUAAAUUGAAUCCUGUCACAACCGACGACGACCUCGAAAUUAUCUUCAGCAGAUUUGGAAAAAUUAUUGGGUGUGAAGUUAUCAGAGACAAACAAACUGGAGAUUCCUUACAGUACGCGUUUAUCGAAUUCGCAGAACGGAAAAGUUGUGAGGAAGCAUUUUUUAAAAUGGAUAACGUGUUGAUCGACGAUCGUCGUAUACACGUGGACUUCUCGCAAUCGGUUGCCAAAAUGCGAUGGAAAGGAAAGGGCAAAGGGAUACAGUACUUUGACGAGGAGGAUGAGGAAGGUCACAAUAAAGACACAAGAGGCAAAAGAAAAAACGACUUCAGAGGUAACGAAACGAGAAGUCGAAGGGAAUUUGAUAGGAGGAACAAGGAGGAAAUAGUAGAACACAGAAAACACGAACGCAGAAAAGAAGUUAAAGGAAAUUCUGAUUAUUCCCGUAACGGAGAAAGAUAUGCAGAGAAGGAACAUUAUAGGGAAGAAAGGUAUCCUGAUAAUUCGCGGGAAAAAUACGAAUACGAUUCUAGACGUAAGAAAGAAAGGAGACGAAGAAGUAGAGAUAGAAGCAAAGACAGGACCAGAGACAGUAGAGACCGAAAUAGGGAAAGGAGUAGAGAUCGAAAUAAGAAGGAAAGUCAUAAAGAAUAUAAACACAAGAAGAAAUAUUCUAAUGAGAAGAAAAGGAAAGACAGAGAUAGUUCAAGUACCGAUAGCGAAGAUUCAAGACACGAAAAACAUAAAGAACGUCACUCGAAUCACAAGAAGAAACGUAAUAGGGAACGAUCGAUGGAAAGAUACGAAAAGUACAAACAAAAAAGAAAAUAACUGUAAAUAAUUUCUACCUAUCCCAAGAAAUUGUAUGCAUAUAAAAUGCAUAAGUGCACGUAAAUCUAUUUUGUAAAAUAAUCGCUUCAUUUUUUAUGCAAAUAAAGUCAUUACUCGAUUUA